UUUAGUAUAAAUUUUAGAGCUGGUCGGCUUAGACUUUAAUCAAUCGAAUUAUUCGCUAAUGUUACGAGCUUGAAAAUAAUGAAAAAAAUGGAAAUUAAAAAAACGUUAGUUGCACUUAUAUUAAUAUUUGUAUUAAAUAUUGUCCAAAUCGCUGUCGGCGAUGGAAUGGUGGAAGUUUUUGGUUGGAAGCAAAUGGAUUUUUAUAACCGUGGCGAGCAACUUCUAUAUGGGAGUGGAAAUAGAGAUGGUGGACAUAAGAGUCGCCCGCUCCCUGGCACGAUUGUCUUUCCUGAUCGGCUGCGCAGCUUGGCUAAUCUUGAACAGAGAGACAAACGUGCUGCCGAUGAGCGAAUAACUUCGCGCGAUGAAACGAAUAUAGUUUUUGAGCCUCGUAUCAACGAUGUGCAGGCGAAUGCUUCCUACAUUCCAUACAACAAUGUACCGAUGGGUGCAACCCAUCAUAACGGUCGUUUGUUUGUGACAAUGCCACGACGACGCAUCGGCAUACCGUCCACCCUCAAUUACAUUGAUUUACAGAAGGACGGCACACAACAUAGUCCCAAAUUGCAUGCAUAUCCCGAUUUUGAAACGAACUAUUUGAAUCCGAACUUCGAACCAAAUUCAAAUCGCAUCAUUUCGGUAUAUCGCACAUCGGUGGACGCUUGCCAGCGCCUAUGGUUUAUCGAUACCGGCAUGCUUGAAUAUCCCAAUAAUCGCAUGCAGGUACAGAGGCCAGCAAUUUGGGUGGUUGAUUUGACGAAUGAUCGUGUUUUACACCGCUUCGAAAUUCCCGCAAACGUCGUGGAUACCGGACGGGGUCUUGCAAGCAUUACGGUGGAUGUUAAUGAGCGUCGUUGCAAUGAUGCUUUCGCUUAUAUACCCGAUUUAGUAAAUCGACAGUUAUUCGUUUUUAGCCUUAAAGAGAACCGCAUUUGGAGCUUUAGUCACAACUAUUUCAAUUUUGAGCCACUAGCUGGCGAUCUGCAAAUCGGUGGCCAAACCUUCCGUUGGGAUGAUGGCAUCUUCUCCAUCACACUUGGUCCAUAUGGCCCUGACGGUUAUCGGCCCGUUUACUUCCAUCCCAUGGCCAGUAAUACAGAAUUUGUCGUCGAUAGCAGUGUGCUACAGAAUGAAGCGAAUGCAGCGCGCAGCGAUCACGGCAAUGAUUUCCGGCCAUUGGGCAGGCGCGGCGUCAACCGACAAUCCACAAUGCAUCAAUAUGACCCGCGCACGGGCAUUAUAUUCUAUGCGGAAAUACAACGGAACGGUAUUGGUUGCUGGAAUACAAAUAAAUCAUUUUCACCACAAAAUCAUGGCACAGUCGCAAAGGAUGCGCAACGCAUGAUAUACCCCAGUGACUUGACGAUUGACGAAGAUGGAAAUAUCUGGGUGAUGACCAAUUCUAUGCCAAUAUUCAUUUAUUCUACGUUGGAUACAAAUGUAGUGAAUUUCCGAGUGUGGAAGCAAAAUGUUUUUGAAGCUGCAAGGAAUACAAUUUGUGCACCUUAGGGGCCAGUAACAGCGAACUUUAUUAACACAUUCACGAAAUUGUCGAGAAAUAUUUUACCUAUGAUGAAAAUGCAAAAUUUUCACUUCCGCUGCCAAAGUAGGUAAAAUUUUGUGGUCGGUAAAUUUCGAAAACUACCUUGUUGUGUAAUAGAAAACUAUAAUAAGCAUACAUAUUCGUUGUUUUAAAAUUCUUGCAGACUUUCACCAUUGAUACAAAUAAAUAGUAAGCCUGUUCCAGGUACGACACCUUA